AUGCAGAAAACAGAAGAAUCAAGGCAGAAAGAAAAACAGUCAGAGAUUACAAAGGGCCCUCCGAUUUGGGAUUGUGGAAGCUCACUGUACGAUUCCUUUGAGAGGAAAGCAUUUGAAAAGCAACUCGAUUCCGCCAUAACUUCGAGGACUCUCUCGAUGCCUCAUUUAUCCGAUCGCCGCCUUCAGCCGCCGGCGACAGGCCCGCAAAUUUUGAACAAAAAAUCAUCGAAAUUGUCUCGGUCUUUUCACAAGCUACUCCGAUCUGUUUUCAGGCAGAAGCAUAAUAAAUCAGGCGACGGAUUUUAUGUUGCUUAUGAUACGUCCAGUACACUUUCUACGAUUCCAGAGGCGCCGGAGUUUGAUGGACUUUCGCCGGAAAUUAGGUCUUUGGUAAGAAGAACGGCCUCCGACAGAUUCACGGCGACUUCUAUUGAGAUUUAUUGUGCCUGA